CCCCCCUAUCUCCAUUGCCUUUCUCAUCAAGUAAUCACAUCAUCCUUUUCUCUCUCUCUCUCUCUCUCUCUCUCUCUCCCAAGCCACCAAACAUGCCGACCUCCGAAGCAAACACUCCACCGCCGCAGCAGUCGCCCCCUCCUCCCUCCGAUCCAACCGGAGGCCUCGCCGUACUCCUCCCCGUCAUCUUAGGCUUCCGGGAAGGCCUCCUUGCACUAAACAGUAUAAACCCAUUGACAGCCUCGGCGACGGUGAUCCACUUCGCUGAAGGUCCAAACCAGCCGAGCAAAGACGGGCCGUUACCCGCGUCGAAGAAAUCCAUAGAGGACAUGCCCAAGGUGAAGAUAACGGAAGAAACGGAUUUGAAGUCAGAGUCCUCGUGCGCGAUAUGCUUGGGGGAGUACGAAGUCGGUGGAGAAGCGAAGGAGAUGCCGUGCAAGCAUAGGUACCACCCAGGGUGCAUCGAGAAGUGGCUGGGGAUCCACGGGUUGUGCCCGGUUUGUCGGUACGAGAUGCCCGUGGAGGAAGACGGGGACGGGGGUUCGAAGGGGAGCGAAGGGGAGAGCAGGAGAGAACAGGGAGAAAUACGGAUUAGCAUCUUCUAUGGAAUAAGUAGCGAAGGCGGUUCAACUGAUGAUGGGUCUUCAACCGAGGAUAUGGAGAUUGAUUAGGAAUGAUUGUUCUUUUCGUUUUAUACUUCUGUUUGUUUUUGAACUUUUUGUUUGAUUCGAUUCCAUUGGUUGGGAUUCCUUUGUACAGACACAAGAAUUUGUUGAGUUUGCGAUUCUAAUGGAAUUGUUUCAGUUGUUCGAAGGCUUUGGUGACAUACAAUGGCUAAUUUGAUAAUGGAAUGCUUGUAUGGAUUUACUAGA